CUGGUCUGCCAGAAUAGAAGAAGCAGAAGAAGAAGAAAUCUCCCGCCCACAUCCGUUGUUCCUUUUUUAAACCGAGGCGGGACGAGACUUCACUCACUCCGUGAAGAAAAGUUGGUGUUAAAACAUCGCUGGACGUUACAGGCCGCUUCCAACAUGGUGAGGACUAAAGCCGACAGCGUACCUGCGUCAUACAGAAAAGCUGUUGCAGCUGCUGCACCCAGAAAGUCUCUGGGCUCCAGUUCAGCUAACUCCUCCUCUUCCUCCUCCAGCAGCCAAUCAGGCACUCCUGCUAAAGGUAAAUAUGCCGGAGGCAACCCGGUGUGUCCUCGUCCUACGCCCACCUGGCAGAAAGGAAUCGGGGACUUCUUCGGUGGUCCUCCCAUGAAACCAGAGAAGGAGAACCAGAGGCCUCAGGAGGACGAGGAAGAGGCCGGAGGAAGCGGGAUGACCACCAGGAAGUCCAGACCGCUGCCGGCUGAAGACGAGGAUGAAUGAGGAUGAAGAAUGUGUUUUAAUGUACAUCUGUAUAUAUUUAUAAGUUCUGCUGAAUUCACUUUGUAUAGUUUCAUUAAAAUAGUUUUUAAUCUGCGGAGGUUCAACUGACGUUCAGUGUUUGUUAUUAAAGAUAAAUAUUAAGAUAAUAAUCAGUUAUUGUUUUAUAUCUUUAAUCAUUCAGAGGAAUAAAGAUGCAUUUAUGUUUUAUCAGAUUUCAGACUUUAUGUGAAGAAAAGUCAUUAAUUCAGUUUUAUUAAAACUGUUCUAUUGUUUUUAAAGUUUAAUUCACUUAAAUACUAAAUAAAAUGUUUGGUCUUCAACAAUCUUUUGUUUCAUCAACAAACUAAAGUAUUUAAAUGAAGCUAUUUGUAUCGAUAUUAAAUCAAAGUUUAAAUAAACAAGAACUGUAUACACUUAAAUAUAUAUGUAUAUAUUUAGGUUUAUAGUAAUUUAAAUGUGAUAAAGUACUUUGAAAG